AUCUUUGCUAGCGCAAGCCAUUCAGUUAGUCAGUAAACGUUAGAACGUCGCGUCGAGCGGAAGCCGGUUUGUCUAGGACGGAGGACCUUUCGCCGAAUCGGUUCAUUGAAGUAUCUCCCUGAUAGCGAUUUUUGACGGAAAAGCGACGAACAGGUGUUUCGGAAGUUACUGUAGUUAUUGACGACUGUGCCGCGGCUAUUGAUAACACGUCUCUUUUCGGUUACCACGAGGAGGAGGAAUUCGCUCGCUCAAUCGAAACGUGAGUCUGCUGCCGGCGUGUGUAAACAAAACAAAACAAGCGCGAUAACGCGGAGUAUCAACAGCAACAAGCUACGGAAAACGGCCGCUUGAAGAGUCAACAACAGUAGAUCAGUGUCCAAUUAAUUACCGUUUAUCACUUGCCUAGAUGAGCUGUGCACAACGAGUACAAUUAUAAUUAAAAACAAAUCAUCGGGCGGCUGACGGACGACGGUUUGUUGCGGGCUAGUUAGUUGCCGGAUUUGUUCGUACAUUUUAAUUAGACGAUUGCGAUAAGGUUCGCAUCGCAAGUGAGUGGUGGUUUAAAAGAAAAAGCAAAAUCUUGUUGCAGCACUUGAAAAAAAAACACCAUCCGAUCUAAAAGAAUGCUAUAAUUGUUCAAAUAUUUGGCUAACCCAAAAGUAAAAACAACAUCAGAUAGAGAUAAAUGACACUUAUAUUUUUUCCUGCUUCUGACAUCUGGUGGUGGUGAAGAAUGCGUCAAGUGUCAUCCGAACGAAUGUAAACUGCCACUGCUUGCUGGAGGAAACCGAAAAUUUAUUAGCACUCGGAAACAACGACAACAACAUAGUAGGCCCCGAAAGAGAAGAGUUGAAAAAAGUUAAACCGCAGUGUCAGUUACAGAAGAGAUCAAGUAAAAUCAACAGCAAAAAAAAGUAAAUAACGCGUAUGCUUUCGCGAGUUAUUUUAAUUGGUAAAACAACAACCGCGAGCAAUUUUAGCAACAGCAGUGGUUGCCAUUUCCGAAGUUCAACUUAAAUAGCUUCUUCUCAAGUUGCUAAGUGCGUGUUUGAUGUGAAACAUCGUGAGUGCGAAAGAAAAAAAUACCAGAAAAAAGUUGCAAAUUUGCACCCGUUAUUUGUCUUAGUGUGUGUGAGUAGUGAAUCAACAUUUGAAAUUAAAGCAAAGGGGAGCUGUGCGGGUUGCAAAAACGUCAAAUCAAAGAAGCAAACGUCGACGACGUCGGUGUAAUUCGAUCACAAAACCAAUAGCUGGCCUGAAGAAGACAUCAACCGACCGACCGGGCCAAUUUGGAUCACGCGGAAGGAAUUUCGCACGCCGCAGUUCGACCUCAAAAUAGUUGCCAACAGUAGCCAGUUAUCCAUGAUGACGAUGGACGUCACCAAGCCGGAACCGCCAUCGGGUGCGGCCGGCCUAAGUGGAGGCAGUGUUGCCAGCGUCAAUGGGAAUGGAGCCGCUCAGGCGGCUAGCAUUCAGCAGCAAAGUGGAGCCGCCGUCAAUGGCGCUGGAGGUCCUCAUCAGCAGCUGUGUGCCGGAUGUGGAAAACAGAUUCAGGACAGGUUCCUGUUGAGGGCACUGGAUUUGUUGUGGCACGAGGAUUGUCUCAAAUGCGGCUGUUGUGAUUGUCGGUUGGGCGAAGUUGGUUCCACACUUUAUACCAAAGGAAAUUUGAUGCUGUGCAAAAGGGAUUAUUUAAGGCUUUUUGGCAACACUGGCUUCUGUGCGGCGUGUAACAAAGUGAUACCGGCAUUCGAAAUGGUCAUGCGGGCCCGGAACAACGUCUACCACCUGGAAUGCUUCGCCUGUCAACAGUGCAAUCAUCGAUUCUGCGUCGGAGACAAAUUCUACCUGUGCGAGAACAAAAUCCUCUGCGAGUACGACUACGAAGAGCGGCUAGUAUUCGCCUCGAUGGCGAACCACCCAAUGCUGAAACGUCAAAUGGGUCAACAACAGCAACAAGCCGGUGGUCAACAUCCGGUUCAGAAUGGCAUCGGUCAUCAUCAUCAUCAGCACCAUCCAGGAUCGGCCGCGGCGCAGCAACAACAGCAACAACAACAGGGACAGUCUCCGAAUCCCAACGGACUCAUGAGUCACCUGGUAGCUGCUGCCGGACAGCAGCAACAACAACAACAACGACCCACGGCCGGUGGGGAUCACAACAACAACAGUAACAACCUGGGACCGGGAGGAAUUUCGUCGCCCUUCGGAACGCCGACGCACAUGAAGGCCGCCCUCAGUACGGCCAGUUAAGCUGUUACCCCUAGAAGUUUUCCGUUUAGUUUGUUUUUGUUUACGUUUUUCGAGAGCGUAUUUGAGCUCUUGUUUUUAUCUCAAACGAAUCUCCUGAAUGUGUAAUUAUUAACGAUAAAUACUGGCUGGGUUUUGCUGUUCGGGUUAGAAAGGUUGAAUUGUGUUAGAUUUGAAAUAUAAAAAAUUUCAGUUUGUUUACAAAUUUUUAUGAUGAUAUUCAGCUGAUUUUUAAGUUGAUUUUUUUCGCAGUGUGUAAAUUUUUGUCAGAUUUAGGGUAAAAUUUACCCAUUGACCUGUCGUUUUUUUGAAUGGAAACAUCGAUCUUUGUCUAACGCACUUCAACCUUCAGAAUUCUCAGCAGCAAAAUGUAAACAAAUACUCAAACACAUAAAAAAAAACUAUCAAAACUAGAACAUGUUUGAAAAUAUCAAAAAAACAAUCGCAAACAACGAUGUGCAAUACCAAUGUAAGUUUUCUCAGUGUCCCGAAGGCUAAUUUUCGUUUCCACCUACUUUUGUUAUAUUUAUUUUUUUUCUAAUUAAUCUGUCAGAAUUCAGGAAGAAGUAAAUAAAAAGACACUGAAAAAAACAUUCUCCCACUAAAUAGUCACCCCGUCUCGUAGUUUUCCUCGCGAUAAUUAAUGUGCCAAAUCCAAUUAGCUGCUCGCGCAAUCGAGGGACCCCUCGCGUGUAUUUUGUGAUUAAUAAACUCUGUGAAUUGCAGUCAACAAAAAAAAAGUAGGAUCAUGGGAAAAAAAUGAAAACACAAAAUCAACACAGAGCCAAUCGCUCGUGGAAAAUAAAUGAAUAUUCAACAACGUUUGGUUGCUGUUUGCAAACCGGAGAAAAGUGCACGCGACUGCAAGUUUUCCCCAUCAAUAGAGAAAUUCCCCCCUGGAGGGAUGACAAAAUGGCGCACAACGGCACGUAAAAAAAGCGCAUGACUCCCCGCAUAAAUCAAAUUGGCUCAAUUAGAUGCAACGUGGAUUUUUUUUUUCUCUAUUUAAAUCAUGUGAACGCGUGUUUAUUACGAUUGACACUUCAUAUUUCAUUUUGAGCCGGGCAAACGGGGGGCCUCCUUCGAUUGAUUGCAGCCAGAAAAAAAAAUUAAAUAAACAAAAACAUAAAUAAUGUCAUAACUGCUAGGAAAAUGGGUGGAAAAUCGGAACGGAAUGAAGCGAACUGAGGAGAUUUCUUAAAAGAAAAAAAAAACAACUCGAGAAGUAAUCGAAAGGACUGUACCAGAAAGUGAUUCUCGCAAUGUGAAGUGGCGAAGUAUCGAAACCAUAUUUUGUGCUGUACUGUAAAAAUAUUGUUUUAAGGUUAUGUAGCAGGUAAGAACGAACAAAAUGAAACUCCCUCUGUAAAUUGAUUGCUUGUACAUAUUUAGGUCCAUUAGAGCGAAUAUUUGUUGGUUAUGAAUGCCUGCCAAUUGGGUAGAAUUUUUGUUUAAAAAAAACUGUUUAUUUUUGCAUCAAAAGUGGAAGUAAACACAGUCAAACGAGUAUUAGUUUAGACAUUACUGGUCAUGAAGUAAAUUUCCCAAAACAUGAAAAAACAAUGAAAGUUUUACGUUCCAACAUUUCCAAUCAUAAAAGGGUAAAGUUAAAACAAUAUACAUAAAUGUUUAUAACCAAAGUUUUCUAACCGAAAUCAAUGUUCAGGAAAAUGUAAACAGUAUCCAAAAACAGAAAUAAUCCAAAGUAAACAGUCGAAGUUAAAAACGAAAAACAAACGGUGAAAAAUGAGUAGGAAUAAAUAAACCAAAGAAAAGUACUAAUCACUGUUUUGAAAAGCAAAACAAACAAAAAAAAGUAUCCUAAAUGACACAAAAGUAAACCUAAAUGGAAGUUAGAAAAAUUAUCAAAAAUAAAGAAAAAAAAUUAAUCCAAA